CCGCCGUUCGUUACAUGGGAAACAUAUUCAUCAGAAACCCUUGAGCAUCUAAGGCGCGGGACCUCAUCGUCGUGACGCACGAUCAUUAAGCGAAAAACAUCCACAAUGUGACGGCCAAUUGGUACAGCGGGAGUUAAUUAUUUGCUUUGCUGACUUAAGUACAGUGCGUAAAACAGGAACUUCGGCGGAGAUACUCCAACCCACUUGGGUGCAAAUGUUAACUAAAUCAAGAACGUGUAAGAUUCUUGCACUUUGUUCUUAACGAAGAGAUUGUGAAGACACUGUGUGAAAGGAUUUACCCGCUGAAGACCUUUAAAAACCCAUUUGAACCCACAAACUGAUAUGCGCUUCUGGGUUAUGGCGAAACAACUGAAACAGAGAACGCAUGGAAGUCGACAGAUACAGAGCAUUGCAUGAUCUUCGCUUCAAGAGAAUAUCCUGUAACCCAUUCAAAUAUUUAGUCCAUGUACUGGAAAAGUUCUUGUAAAGGAGAGACCCAAUCCCUAACAUUAUGAAUACCAACGCUGGAGCAUAACACUUGGCCACUCCGGCACUCCUUGAAUACUUGUGCGUAUGAGGAUGACACUUUUUGGCAUUUUAUUGUUAUGAUUAAUAGCCUACCUACAAUUAUACAGGUAGAAACAGCCAGCUGAUGUGGAAAGCCUGCUUGGAAAGGCUACUCCACCGGCAAUACGUCUGCAUUAUUUCACAGCCACGCAGAAGACAGAGUUAGUCUUAAGUUUGGACGUUUACAUUUUGUUAUCUACCUCUUAAGAUGGGCGAUACAGGCGAUUCAAGUCCGGUGGACAGCUGCCAAGAUGGGGAAAGCAGCAACCUCAGCGUGCUCAACUGGGAGCAAGUGCAGCGGCUGGACGCUAUCCUGACCGAGUCCAUUCCCAUCCAUGGCCGCUGGAACUUUCCCACCCUGGAAAUGAAACCACGGGACAUUGUCAAAGUGGUGAGGUGUCGCAUGGAGGAGAAACGGAUACACGUUCGGGAGGUCCGUUUGAACGGUUCUGCGGCCAGCCAUGUUCUUCACGAGGACAGCGGUUUGGGAUGGAAAGAUCUAGACCUGAUAUUCUGUGCUGAUCUAAAAGGGGAACUGGAGUUUCAGACAGUGAAGGAUAUAGUUUUGGAUGCGUUAUUGGAUUUCUUGCCAGAAGGAGUAAAUAAAGAGAAAAUCACACCUGUGACCUUAAAGGAGGCCUAUGUGCAGAAGAUGGUUAAGGUGUGCAAUGACUCAGACCGCUGGAGCCUUAUCUCACUCUCCAACAACCACGGUAAGAACGUGGAGCUCAAGUUUGUGGACUCUCUCCGGCGCCAGUUUGAAUUCAGCGUGGACUCCUUCCAGAUCCGCCUGGACUCUCUCCUCUUGUUCUACGAGUGCUCAGAGCACCCGAUGGCCGCCACCUUCCACCCGACCAUUCUGGGCGAGAGUGUGUACGGAGACUUCCCUGUAGCCCUGGACCACCUGCGCAAGCGCCUCAUCUGCACACGCAGCCCAGAGGAGAUCCGUGGAGGCGGCCUGCUCAAGUACUGCCACCUGCUGGUGCGGGGGUUCCGCGCGGUCUCGGAGCCUGAGAUGAGGCUGCUCCAGCGCUACAUGUGCUCCCGGUUCUUCAUCGACUUCUCCGAGGUGGGCGAGCAGAGGAGAAAGCUCGAGUCCUACCUCCAGAACCACUUUGUGGGCCUGGAGGACAGGAAGUACGACUACCUCGCCACACUGCACGACGUGGUCCAGGAGAGCACCGUGUGCCUGAUGGGCCACGAGCGCCGCCAGACGCUCAACCUCAUCUCCUCGCUGGCGCUGCGCGUCCUCGCCGAGCAGAACGUCAUCCUCAAUGCCGCCAACGUCACGUGCUUCUACCAACCCGCCCCCUACGUCGCCGAUGGGAACUUCAGCAAUUACUACGUUGCCCAGGUGCAGCCCGUGUACACCUGCCCCCCCCCCCCGCACUACGCCGCGCCCCAGUACCUCCACCCCAUGUACAGCACCUGGUUGCCAUGCAACUGACGGGGGUGCUGACGAUGCGUGGCGCACACACACACACACACACUCUCAGGCACAGAGUUUGAACCCCAACUUUGGAGCUGUGAGUUUCCCUGACAUGGUAGGGAAGGAGGAGAUGCUUUCUCUGCUUGAUUUCCAGAGCGAGAGAUGGGAGCUUUGCUUUGGUUGCUGUUUAGUGUACGGGGUAGGGACCAAAAAGAGAGUCAAAGAAGGGGAGAUGAGAGGAGUAAAUAUAAGAGAAGGACUGAUUUGGUAUUGAGAAGAAAAGGGAGAGAGAGAGAGAGAGAGAGAGAGAGAGAGAACAGGCCAGAUGAGUGGAGAAGAGAGGAAUGAAGGAAGCUGAAGAGAUGAACCUCUUGGUUCCAGACUGGGACUAAAGAGGAAGCUUUUCUCUCAAGGGCUCAGAGGAGGAGGAGGGACCGGAUCUUGAGGGUAGUCUGACUUAAGAGGAUGCCAAUGUUAGCUUUUGGGCUAUCAGGCCAGUCUGCACAUGGCUUCGAUUCAGAGAUGGAGAAUACAUUCCACACCUGGUUGGACAAUCUAGUACUGCCAGACUGAUAGCAAAUUUGUCUGGAAGCUGAAUACUACAAUAAUAAUGCAGUGAAAUAUUGAACAAAGCCAAUGGAAGAAUUGGCUGCGACUCUAAAUGAUUGUAAUGGACUCACCUCUUGUAAGGAUGUAGCCAUACAACACACACACACACACACACACAAAACAGACACACACACACAAAAUGGGAAGUUUUAAGAACACCCUAAGAGCUGACCUUUCAGUGUUUGCCAGGGAAAAUGAGAAGUGAGACCAGCUCCCAUUUACAUCGCAAAACCUGAUCUGAACAUUGUUUACAAAGAUCUGUUCAGUUAGAUACCCACGUUUUGUCUCUUUAACAAUUUCCUUGUGAAUAGUUGUUUCUCAAGUGCCUCAUGCCUAAAGGGAAUAAAUACAAACAUCUUCAUUUUAUAUUAAAUGAAGGUGGUUAUAUUAAAGAUAAUGUGUGUCCAUAAGAAUGUACAUUUGUUUAGAUGGUGUUAAUGAAUGUAUACUUAACAGCACUGUUAUAGUCCAUGGACAGUUAACUGUUAUCGAGAUAAAGAGACACAGUUUAAGGCUUAUUGGUCUGUGAAUUAGUAAAAAGUUCACUCAGUCUUAUUUUCUAAAUUAAAAUACAGGCAAACAGAUGUAUUUACUGGAUAGUAGUACAGGAAUAAAUGACCAAAAUAGAUUUUCCCCUGAAGAAAUUAGUAACAAAGAGCAUUGAUUAUAGGGAGUCAGGUGGCUGAGCAGUUAGGGAAUCGGGCUAGUAAUCUGAAGGUUGCCAGUUCAAUUCCCGGCAAUUUGGCUGUGCCAAAUUAUGUUGUGUCCUGGAGCAAGGCACUUCACCCUACUUCCCUCGGGGAAUGUCCCUGUAGUUACUGUAAGUCGCUCUGGAUAAGAGAAAAUUACGAAAUGACUAAAUGUUAAUGUAACAUAUAGAUUGUAAGGUUUGUGUUUGAGGCUUUGUGAGAAGCCUCAAAGAGAUCAACAAGAAGGAAGAAUGUGAUAAGAAUGAGUGACUGAGACUCCAGUCUAGGGUGACCUCGUCCUGUGUCCUGUUUGUAGGAAGGGUGGAGGUUCCACUGUGCAUACAGGGAUGUGUUGUAACCAUGGUGAAAGAUAGAAGAAGGGGAAACGAAAGAGCAGUGACGAUGUGAGGGAUUGGGUAGGUACAGAGAGCGUUCCAAAUGUUGGAGAGUAAAAUACACCAUUUUGACACUGUGCAGAGAUAGUCUUGAGAGUGUAGAGGCUUCAUUUUCCUGUACAGAGGGCUCAGUUUGACAGUGUAAAAGGAUCAUUUUUACACGUGUGUGUGGUCCAUUUAACUUGUUCUUUGCUCAGCAAUGUUGACUUUUAUGAUGCUGUUGUGUGCACAGUAUUUCAUAUGAGAUAUGAUAAAGGACGUCCCUGUGAAACAUUUGCUCCUUUUAUUUUCAUAAGGGAAUACAAUCAACAUGUUAACCGGAUGGACAUUAAGACAAUCCUCAUAAUUUAGUAAUUAUGUCUGUAAAUUACUUUGUGCUUUUAACUUCGUGUUUUUUCCUCAAAGGCGCAAACUUUGAAAAAUGCUUCAUAUUUUGGUCCAUGAGUGCACAAUUCUCACGGUUUUCCUUAGGACAGAUCUCUUAUUUUUUUUAUCAUAAUCUCUCUAUUUUUGUACAUGUUUGGCUAAAUGCAAGUCAUGUUGAUAGCCCAACUCGUGGUGGCUACAAAAAGUGUUAUUGUAUGAGUCUCUGUGUAAUAUUCACUUUAACUAUUAUAUACACACACACACAUACAGUAUAGUAGAGUACACAGGAUCCUUUUAAAAUACAAAUGUUGCAAGUUUUCCACCAUGUUGCUUUUGCAAUGUAUUUUGUUUUCUUUGGAUGUUUUCUGCUACCAUAAAAAAAAAAAUGGUGGUUAAAGUUUGACCAUGGUGUAAAUGUUAUUGCCAUUCAGUUUGGAGUAAAAAAAAAGAUUUAAAA